AUGAAGACGCAGCGCUACGCCGCCGUGCUGGACGCCGUCAUCGCCCGCGCCGGCCUCCUCCGCGCCGAGAAGAAGCUGCGGCCGCACCUGGCCCGGGUGCUAGUGUAUGAGUUGUUGCUGGGAAAGGGCUUUCGAGGGGCUGGGGGCCGCUGGAAGCCCCUGCUGAGCCGGCACCAGGCGAGGCUGAAGGCCGAGCUGGCGAGGCUCAAGGUUCGCCAGGGCGUGAGCCGGAACGAGGACUUGCUGGAGGCGGGGUCGAGGCCCGGCCCAGUCUCCCAGGUGCCUCGAUUUGUGAGAGUGAACACACUCAAGACCUGCUGUGGCGACGCCAUUGAUUAUUUCAAGAGGCAGGGUUUCUCCUACCAGGGCCAGGCUUCCAGCCUCGAGGACUUGAGGGCCCUUAAGGGGAAGCACUUUCUUCUGGACCCCUUGUUGCCAGAGCUGCUUGUGUUUCCUGCCCAAACAGAUCUGCACGAACACCCUCUGUACCUUGCAGGUCAUCUCAUCUUGCAGGACAAGGCCAGCUGCCUCCCAGCCACACUGCUGGCACCGCCACCAGGUUCUCAUGUCAUUGACGCAUGUGCUGCCCCAGGCAACAAGACCAGUCACUUGGCAGCUCUUCUCAAGAACCAAGGAAAGAUCUUUGCCUUUGACCUGGAUGCCAAGCGGCUGGCAUCAAUGGCCACUCUGCUGGCCCGGGCUGGUGUCUCGUGCUGUGAGUUAGCUGAGGUUGACUUCCUGACUGUUUCACCCACGGACCAGCGUUAUGAUCGCGUCCAGUACAUCCUGCUGGAUCCUUCUUGUAGUGGCUCUGGGAUGCUAAGCAGGCCACUGGAGGAGCAGGGGUCAGGCACACCUAGCCAGGAGCGUUUGCGUGCCUUGGCGGGCUUCCAGCAGUGGGCACUGUGCCAUGCGCUCUCAUUCCCCUCCCUGCAACGCUUGGUCUACUCAACAUGCUCCCUUUGCCAGGAAGAGAAUGAAGAUGUGGUCCGAGACGCCCUGCAGCAGAACCCGGGGUUCAGGCUAGCUCCUGUCCUGCCCUCCUGGCCCCACCGGGGUCUCAGCACCUUCCCAGGUGCUGAGCACUGCCUCCGAGCCUCCCCUGAGACCACGCUUACUGGUGGCUUCUUCAUUGCUGUGUUUGAGCGGGCAGAGGUGCUAAGCUCAGCCUCCCAGGCAGAAGCUCUGGCACCAGAACUUGCACCCAGCCCAGCCCCAAAGAGAAAGAGGAGACGGCGAAAGGCUGAUGUGCAGGCUGCAGGUGCAGGUGCAGCUGCUGAGGCCACCUGUGGGAAGUGAGGCUGCCCAGGCCGCCUGUAGGCUCCACAGGACUGCUGUUAGUGCCAGAGGCAGCUGGCAGGAAGGACAGAGUGGAGGGUCCUAGUUAUUCCCUUGGGUCCCUCCCUGGGGGCUGCCUGCAUAAAUAAAAGGCAGAAUACAGGCAUCUGAUAGGUCACAGUUUUUUAUUCGUAAUGACAUAAGCAAGGAGAAAAAUCUCACAUUCAUACUAAAAAGUCCAACUAGACAACAGGAAUUACACCUUUAUUUGUAAUAGAAAGUCCAGCCUCCUGUUCUGUCCAGUGCAGAACAUGUACAUGUACGCACUCACACCCAGGCUAGAGCAGGCCCCCCCCUCUUCAAGGGGUUCCUGGCCUGCUGUGGAGCGGAGGUGAACUAGCUCAGACUAAAACUAAGAGGUUCCGCCCCACACUAGGUGCAGGCAGAGGCUCCAUCCCUAGACCUGUGCCCCACCCUGACGCCUCCAGUCCUAACAGGUAUUUGGGACUUGAGGUCCUGGCUCCUUCCUCAGCCCCCCACACAGCUAGGCCAGUAAGUGCCCAGCCAGCUCCCAUUGGGGUGGAGGCAGUCCCCUGCCACAAGACAUUCAGCCUCAGUCACAAAGGGGGAGGGGACUAACUACAGCUACAUCACAUUAUUUAUAAAAUAAGAAUUACACUUAUAUAACAUGUCUAGGAGGAGCUCCAGUCCCUCAGGAAAGCUGCCUGGGUCAGCAUUUGAGCCCCUCCUUCACACAAGCAUAACCUAACUAUGCAGCUAAUUCUAAUCAACAGCAUUUAUACUUAACCACCUCAAUGAACCAAGCUUGAAGGAAUUUAAAAGGCAAUUUAGCUUAAAUACAAAAAUAAAUUUUUAUUUUGUUAAAAAA